GCUUUGCGGAUCAUAGACAAGUUGGAUGUGUGAGAAAUAGUUAGGUCUACACACACAUCCAAUCUAGUUUCCGCCAUAUUGCUUUUACCUAUUCAGCCUAAUCAUUUCGGUGAAAGGGAGUGAGCGAGGAGGCAAGGGAGGAAGCAUCGUUUUAGAAUGAAAUAUAGCCAGUGUGCGGCGAAAAGCUCCCAAACUUCUGCGCACGUAAACAUCGCAAACAUUUAUUCAAUGUACAAUAGAAUGCUGGCGAAAGAUGGAAGUUCCGUUAUUUUGAAGUUCUUCUUGACGACGAGCUGCUGAUGGCAUAGUGGUGUGAGUAAUGGCAUGGCCCAGAGUCCCAUGCCUUCUGCUGAUCCUGCUGCUCCUACUACACACCUGCUUACCUCAACCAGGCCCUCCAUCUCCUCCCUCCGCUCCCCAGUGUCACAUCCCCUAUACGGAGGGACAACAGGCAGAUAUCCACUGUUUCUGGGAUCCAGGACAGAACCCACAGAUCCCCACCUCCUACAGCCUGCACUGGAAUUCUACAGAGGGCAUUAGCAGCGUGGUGGAGGGCACCAAUGUGAGUGGCGUGAUCCCUCGUGAACUUUACACCAGUUACAGUGACCUGACUGUGUUGGUCAAAGCUGCGAACCAGCAUGGCUCUGCCACGUCUACAAUGGCUGCCUUCAACACUGGAGAUAUCAAAAAGCCACCCACCCCUGAAAUAACUCACCAUUGCCCUCAGCCCCUGGAGAUCUACUGGAAUGUGCAGUGUGAGGAUCAAGGCAGCUCUGACCAACUGUGCGAGGUCCAGUAUCGCCCCCAGGACCAGCAGGGCUGGACUCAGGAAGAGGACAUCCUACGCAGCUUCCUACUCCUGACUCCACGGCCCUACACUGUUUAUGAGUUCCAGGUGCGCUGUGUCUGUGAGGGCCCUCAGGCCCUGAUGAGUGACUGGAGCUCAGUCUACAAAGCAUGGAGUUCUGAGUCAGCGCCUGUGAAAGCAUUGGAUGUGUGGAGUGACUGUGGAGUCACCUCUGAGCUUUCUCAAUGUGCCCUUAUGUGGAAGGAGAUGCCCACCUGGUUGGCUCAGGGGAAGGUACUGGGGUACGUGGUGACAUUAUCAUACAGUAACGGGACAGUGGCGGUUGUGAACAUGUCCAUGUCAAAGCCUGGUGGCCUUUGUGUCUGUCAAGAGAAGAGAUGCCGCUUCACACCCUCUCUGUGGGGUGUAUCAGGGGUGGAUGUGUCCGUCUACAAUUCCCAGGGUGCCAGCAAACCUGCUCCCCUAGCUCUACCCACAUCAGGUCUACAGGUGCCAGAGCUAUCCUUCACUGUGAACCAGGAUAUAUUGAGCCUCAAUGUAUCCUGGUCCCUGCCACCCCAGCCCAUUGAAAACAUGCAUGAGUAUGUGGUGCAGUACAAGCAGGUGGGACUUCCUCCGACACAGGGCUUUGAUUGGAUUAUAGUGCACCAAAAUCAUACGUCAGUCAUUUUAAGAGGUGAUUUUGAGAACCACACUGCCUACAAUGUGUCAUUGUUUGCAGUGUUCAUCAACAGUAGCUGCCUGCUUGCGUCUGCAAUCUCGUAUUCUCUUCAUGGACUCCCACCCAAAGUGACUGAGUUCAAGGUUCAGCACAUCUCUGACUCUCAAGUGACUUUGUCCUGGCAACACAUCUCCCUGACCCAGAGUAAGGGGCUCAUACUGUGCUAUCAGCUGGUAUUAAACAACGUUACAGUGUACAACGUGAGUAGGGACCAGAACAGCCUCCAUCUGUUAGGACUUACAUCUGGUCACCACCAGGUUUGGAUCAGGGCUGAGACUAAGGCUGGACUGGGACCCAGUGAAACCAUCAACUUCUCUACUGAGAACAGCCAUGGUUUCCUCAAAUAUCUGGUGCCAGGAAUAAUAACAGGGAUGUUGCUAUUGAUCAUCAUAAUUGUACAAAUGAAGACUUGUGCGAAAGUGCCUGACCCCAGCAACAGCAAACUGCUCCAACAGAUGAAGUUGCAGUUUAACAGCUCCUUGACGGCGAUCUUCUCUCCUCUGGAGUCUAACCCAAAGAUCUCUGAGCUGGAGGUGGUGGAAAACCCUUUCUGGGAUGCCAAUGCCUGUCCUAGGAAAAGGUCCAGCCCUGAUGGACAGACAGAGGGGGUGGUGGGAGAGGAGUGCACCCACAUAAGGACUGAUGAAGAGGCGGAAAAGGAGGAGGUUGCUGACAAGGGUUACAGUAGAAUUAUCGAUACUGACGAGGAGGAGAGGGAUGGGGGAGAGUCCGGGAGCUUGUUGGAGGACGAUGAGUUUGUUUCGGACUAUGAGAAGCAUUUCAUGCCUGUGGUUAUAUGACCCUACUGUUGGAGGACGAUCAGUUUGUUUCGGACUAUGAGAAGCAUUUCAUGCCUGUGGUUAUAUGACCCUACUGUUGGAGGACGAUCAGUUUGUUUCGGACUAUGAGAAGCAUUUCAUGCCUGUGGUUAUAUGACCCUACUGUUGGAGGACGAUCAGUUUGUUUCGGACUAUGAGAAGCAUUUCAUGCCUGUGGUUGUAUGACCCUACUGUCUGUCUGGUGUGGUGCUACUGAACAACUCUUUUGGUGUGUGUAUGUUCUCCUCAUUGCAAUGUCAAGACAGCCAUUGUUCAGUUGGAACCCCAAGGGCCAAACAGGUCAAUUGUGGGCUAUUGUGCUUGUUGAUCUAGAUGCAGAUCACUGAUUCAUGGGAAAGGGUCGCCCUAAAAACAACACGAGUGUUGAAAUACGCCACUCGUCUUGUUUUUAAGAAAAGGAAAAGGGAUGUAGUCGACCGUUUGUUUUCCAUGUUCCAACUACAAGGAAUGUUGUUUAGGAACAGUAAACCUUUUUAUACAGCAAAUGUAUACUUGGGUGAAAAACCACGUUGCCUACGGUGUACACUGUCAUGACGUGGCCCUCUUUAGAUAUAGCAAGCACCAACUCUCUCACCACCUCUCUUCCCCUACA